AUGACCCAAGCAGCAACAUAUCCCACCGCACACUCGGCGGUAGCGUCAGAGAGGCCGGCUCUGCUACCGAGUGCAGCAUCGCUCCAGCCGACGCAUGUUACUUCGCAUCUACCGCCGAUCAAGUCGUUGCAGAUCCGCCACCAAAGCAGGGAUCGAGGUCGCUCCCCCUUUCGACUGCGAAGAAGCGACCCGUCGAAUACAGAGGUACAUCGACCUCCAGCAUAUACCACCAAUCUCAGCACUUUGCCGCAUUCCAACACCCUACAGACGUUCCUCAGUGUCAAUACCGACACUCCGCACUCUGGUCAUCCUGCCGACAAGCUCAAAUCGCACGACAAGCAUGCGCAUCCUUCGGGGACUGGGCAUGCCUGGAGAGUGCGCAAGACGCCCAUCUUCUCGGGACUGCUUGCGCCGUUUUCCAUCGUGCUCGAAGUGCCUGGGCUGACAUCCAAGUGGUAUGCCAAGAUCGACGAAAACGGCAUUGUGGAGCGCUUCGUCGACAAUCCGCCUAUUCUCACUGUUGGACUCGCGGUUUCGCUCGCCGCCGCUGUUGUUGGCAAUGCGUCCAUCAUCCUUCGGUUUCUCGAGAUCCUACGCCCGCGCCAAAGCAUCGUGCUGGCCACGGUCGGCUUUGUGCUGCACGACCUGAUCAAUGUGGUGGCGCUCGCGACGUUCGGCGGGAUUUAUGGGCCCAAGCACGACGGUCUCAGCCUCAGCGCUUCGUACUGGAUGGUGUGCGCUUCCACCACCACGUCGGUACUGGUCACCAUCAGCCUCGUCGUCGACUAUGUUCGAACCGAUGACUUUCGCCAUGCUGGCUCCGGGUUGACGCAGCUGCAAAAGGGUCUGGUGCUGGCAGGAAUGGGGCUGCUGUUGUACCUUUCGCUCGGAUCGCUCCUCUUUGUGUUUGUCAUCAAGAUCGACUUUAUCACUGCACUCUACUUUUCGUGCGCCACCAUCUUGACGGUCGGAUUCGGUGAUGUUGUGCCAGGAAGCCCGGGUGGCAAGGUUCUGGUCAUCCUCUACGCGCCCAUUGGCAUUGUGCUCGUUGCGCUCGUUGUUUCGGCGGCGAGGAAUGCGAUCCUCGAGACGUUUCAGGCGACGCUGCUCGCGCGGAGCAAGGAGCGACGUCGACGCAUCGCAGAGCGAAAGGCGGCGCACAAGGAGCACAAGCGUCAGGACAGGGCGCUACGAAAGAUGAUGCCUCGCACGUUUACCUUUGGACCUGGCGCAGGCUCCACGGCCAACAACGAGGACGGCAAUGACUUUGCAGAAGCGCUCGCGAGGAUGGAGAACCAAGUGGCUGCUGGACACGACCCCGCAUAUGACACGCCAGCAGGCAGUAAAGCAACAGCAUCGUCCGUCGACACGACAGCUGUUUCUGCGUCCGACACGGCAAAGACGCGCACCGACAAGAGUGCGACUGCAGAGAGUUCGCACCUUGCUACCGCAGGCGAUCCUGCACUGCAACGCGAGAUCACAGCAUUGCAACAACACUUGCUAACGGCCAAACAGCGCACCGAAGAAGAGUUCCGCGAGUUUGAAGCACAAGCGCGCCGCGAGGCGGUCGCUGCUGCGCGCAUCAAGCUUGUCCUAGCCGCCUCGAUGACGACUGCCUUCUGGCUUUUGGGUGCGGUUGCCUUCACGUAUGCCGAGCGGUGGAGUUACGGUGGAGCGCUGUGGUUCUGUUUCAUCGCCAUGAUCACGAUUGGAUAUGGAGACUACCAUCCGGCUACGCAGCUGGGUCGCGCCAUCUUUGUGAUUUGGGGCUUGAUGGGUGUCGCCGUGCUGACUAUCCUGUUGGCGGUGGUGCAAGAUGCGUUUGGCAGCAUUUUCCAUCGAGUGUUGACCAAUUCGACGUCGAGGCUGUUUGAUCGCGCCCAGGCAAGGGCAAGGAAGAGGCUUGCCAGGAAGCAGAAGCAGGAUCAAGAGAAGGCGCAGCAAAUCGAGCACGACGGGGAUGCUGUUGCUCAACGAGGCAGGUCGAGUUCGGCACGACGCCGUCGUGCUCGUCCACACCGACGGGAGAGAAAGAGCGAAGGCGAUGCGGUUCCGUAUCGAGAUGUCAAGCAAGCAGCUCCGGUAGCGAGGAAGAGCAUGGAGGCGUGCAUCGAGAGCUCGGCUCGAACUGCAUCUCCCGAGCCACUCGAUCGCGCCCGCCCCGACGCCGCACUUCCGUCCGUGCACCUUGAGAUCCCUACGAACGAUGGAUUUCUCCACACCCACUUCCCAAUCCCGCAGCAUGCCGCAGCCCGAGUGGAAGACGCACUGGUCUCCACGCCUCAGAAACUCGCCCUUGCCGCACUGCAAACAUUUCAACACUCGGUGCGCCUGCUGCAGCUCAAUGACGCGGCCAUCGCGCAAGCCAUGACCGACAUCCCCGCGCUGCGACACUACUACAACUUGCGGCAGCAGCCAGAAUCCACCGCCACUUCGGGGCAAGAGACCGAAGCUGCACUGCAAGAUCUGCAUGCCUCGAUCCGGCAGACGGCGAAUCCAGAGCACGACAAAGUGGCCAAGCUGGUGGUAGCGAAUCUCGAGUUCGAGCAUCAGCUGCGGACGCUGCUGGAUGGGUUCCAAGGGUUGAAGGACCGCGUGGAGGGCUUCAAACAGACGCAGCUGCAGAGAUCGAGGACGACGUCUGUGUCGGGAGAUGUCCCGACGCUGGUGCAGCACAGGCAUGAAAGGGUUUCGAGCGAGUGA